GGUGUUUAACAACUUUGCAUGUUUAAACCUUCCAUACAAUAUUAGGAAAAUCAGUCAUCAGUACGAUUUAUUGUGUUAUUUCAGUUUUAGUAGUUUGUCGAUCUCCGUGAAGUAGCUGGCUGUUAGUGCUAAAACGGUAGCAUUAGUUCAUGUACAUGUAUGUAAAGUAAGGUUUACAGAUGGAGGUAACUCCCAAAGCAGACAAAGUAAAGUCUGUUUAUUCUACACCCGCUCAUUCAGCCUCAACAGAAACGAGCCCAUGUGAAUCCAGACAAGGAAAGUCUCAUCAGAAGCUCAGCGUCUCACUGAGGGAAAGGUUGAAGAGGACAAGACGCUCCUUCACGUCGCCUCUGUCUGUGGCCAAACGCCUCUGUGUGGAUGAAGAGGAGGAUGAAGGGCAGGUUUCAGCACAUACCAAGAAGGAGACUGUUGAUAACCUGCCAGUGAUCGUACACAGUGUUGACAUGAACAGAAAUAUAGUGAGACCUGGACCCAGUACUGAGCCAAAUCACCCUCCCUUACAAGACACACAACGAGACCAACUCAGGAGGGAAGUUAAAGCUAAGAUGGAGACUCUACGAAGACUAAAGAUGGUUAAAAUGUACAGAAGCAAGAAUGAUUUGACACAGCUGCAGACCUUGAUCAACAAGUGGCGAGGCUGUGCUCAGUCUGCACUGUAUGAGCUGCAGUCUCAAGUCCCCAUAGAGGGAAGAAAGGCCAGCCUGUCUGAGCUCAUUGACCUCUUUGGUCUAGAUGACGGUAUCCUGCACUUUGACCGCUCAGAGGACGAAUUCACUACCUAAAUAUGCCUUCAAACACACACACAUAUACAGGAC